GUAAAUGCAGGAUAUAUAUAUCCCGUAUUUGGUUGCUCGCCAGCAUAGCUCGUAGCGAACCGAAAAGCAAAUAGCGUCAACGCGGCUUUUGAGCUCACUAUCAGCAUCAGUCCCCACUUUUCCUUGAAUUUUUACUCGUAAAUAUAAAACACAAUGAAGCAUCGAAAUCUGAAUUUGGUAUUUUUCUUGAUCUUGUCUGGCAUCUGUUGCUUCGAUGCUGCAGUGGACGAGACGGCAUUGUCGUGUGCCGUCAAUGAAUCCACAAAAUAUUUUCUCAGUGGAAAAGAUAUUCUUCUCCCUGCCAAAUGGCUCUUUGGAACUCUGAAAAAGCUCACGAUCGGCCCUUUUAUUGAACCAUUAGCGAUGUUUACGGCCAAAGUUCUCGUAGUGGCUUUCGUCAAUGCUGAAAUUUUGGCGUACCUUGGCUUGAUCGGAGAUCGCGGCGAAGGUCUCUACGAAUGGGCACUAGACAACGACAUACAAGUUCAUCGAUGGAUUGACAAGUAUGGCCUUCGACCAGGGGGCUUUGUUCGUGGACGUUUGGAGCAAAUGCUAACAAGCUACAAGAAAAUGUCGGCCAAGGCUCGUUUUGCGUCUGCAGUAACAACAGGAACUGCAUUCUUCCCACUGACUAUCAAAACGACCGUGUGGUUAGGUAUUGUUGUCAUCGCAACUUUUGUUGUUGCAGAAAUGCUAGCGUUUGUAGGUCUUAUCGGCGAUCCAGGCGAAGGAAUUGAUGAAUGGUUAAAGGAUGGAGAUGCUGAACCAAUUUUGCGGACGUUUCGAAGGGGAACAUCGGAUCUGCGCAGAAUCUUGCGAAGGAAAUUGAAAAUAUCAGAGCUAUUGUCUGGCUAUAUCAAUUCCAUAAAAGAUGAUUUUGUUUUCUGGAUCGGGUACAGUAUUGGUGGCCUAGCCUGCGUUACCCUACGAGACGCACCACAUAGCAACACUCCGGCACCGUAG